GAGCAGAAAAAAGAGAAAGCAAAGAGAGCAAACGAUUCUAUUUUGCUUUUCUUCCAAGACUCUGAUCCCUGUUUUGUUCCCUUUUCAAUUUCAUACCUUGGCAACCCUUCUUCUAUAUUUCCCUCACACCAUUUCCCUUCAUUUUCUCACUAGGCCAAUCCUAAAUUCCUUAACUUUCAACAAUUCCAUCAUCAGAAAAGACUCUAGAUAUCUGGGUUUCAGGUUUUUGGGUUGAUCUUCAUCUGGUAGCUUUGUGUUUCAUUGAAUUUACCAGGAACAAAAAGAAGGAUAUAUAUUUGAUAUAUAAAUCAAGGGAAGAUAGGGAAAUGGGUUUUGAUGGAUUGGGAUCUGGAGUUAAGAUCAGAAAACUUAUGGCUAUUUCAAUCAGAACAUGCUAUAGAUCAGUUUGCAAUCAUCCAUUUCUUGUGGGGAUGGUGUGUUUCUUGAUCUUUUUGUACAGAUUAUCUCCUUUUGUUUUUUCCCUUCUAGUUUCUGCUUCUCCAAUAUUAGUCUGCACUGCUAUUUUGCUUGGAACUCUUUUGAGUUUUGGGCAACCAAACGUACCUGAAAUUGAAAAGGAAGAGAAAGCUACGCAUGAAGUUUCUUCCUUGAAAAUUGGGGUUGUGGAGAAUGCUACUGUUGUUGAGAGAGAUGAAAGUUUUGUGGUGGAGAGACAUGUAGCAAAGGGGACGGGUAUAGUAGAGAAGGAGGUUGAAGCAGCUAAUUUGGUGAAUAAUGAAAUCAAUGAGGUUGAGGAAGAUGCUGGUACAGUUCGUUAUAUGCCACUGAUUGAUGAGAAUUCAAGCGUUUUGCAAUGUGAGAAGAGGGUAAUUGAUGAGGUGGAGAGAGAAUCUGAUGAUUCAGUAUUGGAGAAGAAAAGGGGCAUUCGUGAGAGGCCAGGAGGUGAAGGUCUGUUGAGCCUUAGGGAGGUGGAGGAUCAGUGUCCUCUGAUUGAUAAGGUAGGAGAUGAGAAUCUUCAAGUGGAUGCUGAUAAUUUCCCUGCAGAGUCCAGUGUUGUUCACAAGGGUGAUGAACUAGAUUCUUCUCUGCUGACUGCUUGGAAACAUGUGGGGCAUGAUGAGGAGGAGAAUGAUGAUGGUGGUUCUGGUGGUGGUGGUUGUGAUGAUGAUGAUGAUGAUGGAUCUUUGGAUUCUGAGUCUGACGGGGCUGAGAGUUCUUCACCAGAUGCUUCCAUGGCGGACAUAAUGCCCAUGCUUGAUGAGUUACACCCACUUUUAGACUCUAGAACUCUUCUUCUUGCUCGUUUGUCUAAUGAUGAAUCUGAUCCUGAUGGAAGUGUUGAUUUGGAUGAGGAUAUUGAAAUUCAGGGUGAGGAAGAUCAUGAUGAUGAGGAGGAGGAGGAGGAAGAAGAAGGAGAGGUAGAAAAGGGAGAUGAAGAGGAUGGAAGUAAAUCUGCAAUCAAAUGGACAGAGGAUGAUCAAAAGAAUCUCAUGGAUUUGGGGACUUCAGAGCUUGAAAGAAACCAACGAUUGGAGAAUCUCAUUGCAAGGAGGAGAGCCCGUAAAAGCAUGAAAUUGAUGGCUGAAAAGAAUCUAAUAGACUUAGAUGGUGCAGAUCUUCCCUUUAAUAAUAUUACACCCAUUUCUGUCACAAGGCGCAACCCUUUUGAUCUUCCUUAUGAUCCCCAUGAUAAUCUGGGCUUACCUCCUAUUCCUGGGUCAGCUCCAUCUAUUUUGCAGCCUAGAAAAAAUCCUUUUGAUCUUCCUUAUGACUCAGGUGAAGAAAAGCCUGAUUUAAAGGAUGAUAGUUUCCAACAAGAGUUUUCAACAUUUCACCAAAGAGAAGCAUUCUUUAGAAGACACGAAAGCUUCAAUGUGGGACCAUCAAGUUUGGGUGGUCCUAGGCAAGAUGUCAAAUGGAAACCUUACUUUGUUCCAGAACAGUUGGCUACAGAAGGAACUGGCUCUCACCUAUUCCAGAGGCAGUUGAGUGAAGUUAGUGAAUCCAAGAUGAGUUCCAUUCCUGAUAGUGAAUCAGUGUGUUCAGUUGUGGAGGAGGACAAGAACCUGAAUGAACUAACUGCUUCUCAAGAAGCCCAACUGAUCUCCAAUGUUGACCAUGCUUGUAUCCCUGAUGAAGGGAGCCAAUCUUCUGGAGAUGUUAAUUCUUUAGAUAUUGAAAAAGCUGAAAAGAGAGAUGCUCACCAUGAUGUGGUGGAGACUGUACUGGGGGAUGAGGAAAGUCAGAAGGAAAUUGAAUCAAGUGUUUCUGACACAGGAGGAACACCUACUUGCAUGGAUUUUGAUGCAAAUGAAAUUCCUUCAAGAAUAGAAGCAGUUGAGGAUGAUUACAGCAGUAGAUCCAGCUUGUCAUCAUUAACAGAAAUAGUUGAAAAAAUUUCUGAUGCCAAAGGAGAGGAAUCUACAAGCUCAGAACCAAGAGGUCAUCACAGUAAAGAAUCUGACAUUUCCCCACGACCUUCAUUAGAGGGGUCAGAGUUUCAUUUUAUAAGUGGGGCAGCGGAUGAUAAUCAACAUAAGGAGCCUGUUUAUGACUCAAGCCCUCACGCAACGAAGAAUUUACUCUCAUUUUCCUCUGUUUCAUCUGAUACACAGGCAGAGAUAUCUGAAAUGGGAUUGCCUUCUGUGCUGGUUGAAUCUGGUGAUCAGGAACUUGUGGCACACAGUGAGAAUAUAGAGCAGAUCAAUUCCAGUUUUGAAGAGUUGCAUGAAGCCUCCCAAGAAGAGACAAGUGAAAGUGAGUCAAGGGUGAGCGAUCUAUCAGGGAUUACUGAGCAUGAUGUCGUUUCACAGGUUGGACCAUCACAGGUUUCUUCCAGUUCUGUUAAUCUUGAUGGAUCACUGGUGUCUGAAUCUGUUGUUGAACAUGUUUUAGGAGAUUCAGAGUCAUUUUCUUUGGAAAACGUUUUGGUUGAGGAGGGAAUUGCAGAUAAAGUAGAAGACUUUCAUCAAGAGCAUAAUCAAGGGUACUCAUUGAGACCCAAUGUAGGGGUGCUUCUAGAAUCCAACCAAUGCAUGGCUGAGGAAUUAGAUUCUGCACCAAAAGAACAGCAACCAAUUCACCCCUGCAUAUCUUCAGAGGCUGAACCAGUAAAAGUGCAAGAAACUGAGCUUGAGUUAGGUGAAAUUCACUCAUCAAGUAUGUCAGGUGAUGGCACAGUGGAGGAAGGCAUUAUUGAACCUGUAAAAGAAGGCAUUAUUGAACCUGUAAAAGUGCAAGAAACUCAGCUUGAGCUAGGUGAAAUUCACUCAUCAAGUAUGUCAGAUGAUGGCACAGUGGAGGAAGGCAUUCUUGAACCUGUAAAAGUGCAAGAAACUCAGCUUGAGCUAGGCGAAAUUCACUCAUCAAGUAUGUCAGAUGGUGGCUCAGUGGAGGAAGGCAUUAUGACACAUAAAGAAGACAGUGUCCAAAUUGAACCAGAUCAAAUCCGUUCAUCAAGUUCUGAUGCAGAUAUCCAAGUUGAUGCGAACCAUGAGAAAGAGGAUCAGCAGCCUCCAUUUUUGUCUGAGAAUGAUUCACAAGUUUAUGCAAAUUUCUCUUCUUCAGAAGCUGUAUUUCAAAUGGAUCAAGUUGAGUUGUCAAGUUCUGAUUCAAAGAUGGAUGCUGAUCUCCACCAUGAUAUGGAUGUGAAAGUGGUUCCUUCUGAUUCUAGCCACCAAGCUGGUCCUUCUGAAGAAAAUUGUUUAGCUUGGUCAGAUAAAUCUAUUGGUGAACUAUCCUUUUCUGUUCAUGAUGAACACCAGGAACCAUUUCCCUUGGUGGUGGAGUCCAAGGAGGAAGUAAAGAUUGUUGACAAUGUUAAUGAAGUUAAUGAUUUUGAGGAUCAAAUUUCAGAAAAUUCUUCUCCUUCUCAUUCCAUUUCCAUCCCUGGUCCAUCUGAGAGUCCUAAAGGUACUGAUAAAGAAGAAUUGAAAGGCAGCAUCCCUGAUGAAAUUGCAUAUGAGGACCACAAAGAAGUAUCUGGGCAUUUAGAUUAUCCAACAGAGGUCUACGGGUCAGAUGUCACUGAUGGAAAUGUAAAUGAGGAGGAAGAUGUGAUUAAAGAGAUUGAUGAAGGCAUACUGUCAGAAUUGGAUGCAGUUGGGGACUUUAAUGUCAAGGAAGUUUUUCCAGAGGAAACAAUCAUUGAGGACACAGAAUUUGCACUGUCACCAAAUGAUAUGAAGAAAGAAAAUACUUUGGAGCUACCGGUUCUUGAAGCAAGGUCAGUUGAAGAUAUUGAUAUGGCAUUUAAACAACUGCAUGAAGGAGUAGAUGUAGAGGAAGUAAUUCUUCCAAGUAUGAUCGAGGAAUUCAAGGAUUUUGCUGAUAGCAAAUCACAAUUACCAGUCCUUGAAGCAAGAUCUCUGGAGGAUAUACAUGUUGCCUUGCAACAAGUCUCAGAAUUUAGUCUGAGUAAGAUGCUAAAUCCAUUUGAGUCUAAGGAUGACUCAAUAAAGGUAGAAACCCGUGAUUUGGUUUCUACCAAAGAGGUUGAAUCUAGUAAUGUGGAAUCCAAUAUUCAAGAAAAUAUCUGGAGCCAUGAUGUGUCUUCUGCCAAAGGGAUUGAAUCUGGUGAUCAAGAAUGUGGCAGCCAUGAUGUGGUUCCCUCUCAAGAGAUUGAAUCUAGAAGUGAAGAAUCUAGUGCUCAAGGAAGUCGGAAGAAUGCUGAGAUUGAAUCUGGUGUUGGAGAAGAUGGUAACCAUGCUGUGGUUCCGACUAAAGAGAUUGAAUCUAGUAGCGGAGAAUCUAGAGUUCAAGUAAGUAGCAAGAAUACUGAGAUUGAGUCUGGCGAUUAUGAAGGUGGCAGCCAUCAUGUGGUUCUCAUGAAAGAUAUUAAAUCCACUAGUGAAGAAUCUAGCGUUCAAUUAUGUAGUGGGAAUGCUGCUGAUGAACUAAAACACAGACAUGCAGAAGCAUCAGAAGAAUGAAGUUCAAGCAUAUUCAGCUAAAGGUAACGAACCAAAGCCUUUGUUUGAGUUCUAGCCGGGAUCAUACCCUAGUGUUACUUCGGGUAAAAAGUUAGAGUUCAAAAAGUAUAAAGGUUUGGCAGUUUGGGUUUUUCCUGGCAGUAUUACAUUUUUGGGUUUUUUUAGUUCGGUUCAUCAUGUUUUUGAUAUAUGGUAUUCAUUUUCUGCUGAGUUUGAUUCAUUAGUUGAAUUCUUCAAGAAUGAGUUUUUUGGAUUGAAUUUCUUGAAGUGUGAAUUCCUGUUUUCUUUUUUCUUCAUGCCUUUCCAGAGAGAGAUGGUUUUGAGAGAUUUCUUGUGAGAAAGAUUGUUUAUGAUACUUUGCAUGGUCGCAUAUUGUAAAUUACGUUUUGUUUGUAGUAAUUGAUUAAUGAUAUAAG